AUGCAGCCAAUGUAUCACACAGUGAUGCCGGGUACAGUGCCCACAUCACCAUUAGCAGCGAGCCCCCACACGGCGGGCUUUGCGCAGGUCAUGGCCAGGCCGCAGUCGCCGGGCGCCAGACCUGCGCUGCCCAUCGGUGUGCAGCUGCCUGUGGCGUGGCCUCCCAAGACCGUGACGCUGCCGAUGCAAGGAUCAGUCCCCCUGAGCCCAGUGAGCAAGAGCAUCUAUGUGUCCUCUAUGCCGGUGCUGUCGCCACAGGCCAGCACCGCCACCCCGGGCUCCAUGUUCACCCCCGGCUCCGCCUUCACGCCGCCCGCGCGCAUGGGGCGGCAGGACUCCCGCUCGCUCUCCUUGAUCUCCCCGAAUUCCCCGAAGGACAGCAUUGCCAAGAGGACGGAUGGAAGCCCAGACCCCCGGACGUCUUCGCCCGGCACUCCGGGGCAGGACCAGGUGAGGUCCGCGGCGGUAGCGCGCCUACAGCGGGCCUGCAAGAGCCUGCAGGGAUUGGAGACGUCUCCAAGCCCCGAGGCCUCUGAGACAACAGAGACCACAGGGAACGGGGACGAGAAGGAGAAGCUCAGCCCGGAGCCGUCGGAAAGCUCGGUGUUUACCGCGCAGAAGCUCACUCCGAAGCCUGAGGUGCAGCAAGCGAGCCGUGAGCGGCGGAUCUCCGCCGCCUCCAGCCAAAGCGUAGGUCGCUUGCCGCGCAGUGGCAGCUUUUGCUCGGAGACCUCUUACGAGGGGAUGGCGCGGAGCACCAGUUGCAAGUCGCUGAGGAGCAACCGGUCCCGAAGGACCAGCUUCAGUCAGCUGAGCAUGGUGUCACUGUCGCCCAGCGAGGCCAUCCAAAAGGAACACGCCAGCGCGCGGCGCUGCAUGGAGCGCGAGCAGCGCUGGCUGAAGCGAGCGCUGAGCGAAGAAAUCCGGAAGAUCGGGGAGAUGCAGGAGCAGGACGCCGCUGAGCUGGAGCGGACCCGGGACCGCACGGAGCGCCAGAAGCAGGCGGCAGAGGCAGCGGAGCCUGAAGCUCUGGGAGAACAGCUGCAAAGUGAAGUUCGAGGAGGAGAAGCGGCAGAAGCAGGAGGCUGA